ACGUUCCAGGGGUGCGUUCCGUUUAACGGAACUGAUUUGUGUCUUUCUCUACUUAUUACCCAAAUGUUGCUGACGUAUGUGUACACGCCGGUGGUACGAAACCUCUACACAUAAGUGUCGAGUGAAAAAAAUUGUAUGUAAAUUUUAUUUGUAAAAUAAAGUUGGAUGCUUACAAUCACCCUUUAAUUAUUCAGCAAAAAUGGCCGUCAACAGUGGAAUUUCGUUUGUGCUGUCGUCGAUAUUAACUGUGCUCCUAUUUUCCGGGAUGCAAAUGUACAAAGCUUGGCUCAGUUCGUCGCAGUUGGGAACUGUCCUGGGAGGAUACAUCGGAUCCUUGUUAUUUAUAUGCGCGUUAACCGCUGUUGGGAAUCUAGAAACUACCUUGUUUGGAAAGUCGUUUCAGCAGAAGUUAUUCCCAGAAGUGAUUUUCUCUUUGAUAUUGAGCCUGUUCGCUUCUGCCCUGAUCCAUCGUGUAGCUACGACAACGUGCUUCAUAUUUUCUAUUAUUGCUCUUUAUUACGUCAAUCGAAUAUCUCAAGAAACGUACGCCAUGCCUGUGCAGAAUCCAGCAACAGUGCAAUUGAAGAAACGCAAGUGAACAGGGAUAUUUGUACAAUCUUUACUAUCGUACUGAAUAGUGUCCUACAUAAAGCUUCCAGUUUUUAUCACUUUUAUAUUUGUCGCGAGAACUACUUGCAAUCGCUUUAUCUAGAAUAAGAGCUUGAUGACUCUCUUGACAUUACAGUAAAUUUCAAUCACCUUCAAUCAUUGUUAACUUGAGGAACUUAAUUUGUAAUAUACAAAAGAUACUUCUGCUCAAUGAAGUGUAUUCGGUAAUUUAUCAUUUAAUCGUGUACUAAACUGGCAUGUCAUGAUAUUUACAUCGCGAUGUUCCAAUAAACACGAUACAUGAGAAUGUGAAAAGAUAUAUAUAUUUGCAGAUAUAAAUAUAUUU